UAUUCGGAUUCUGUUACUUCCGCCUGGCAUCGACCAAAACCGUUUCUGGCGAAGAACUUUGUCGCAUGUUAAUCGAAAUUAGCAAAGAAAAUAUAAAGUAAAACGGAAAAAAUCAGAGAUGAAGCUGGCAUAAACAUUUUUGUUUUUUAUACAAGAGAAGCAUCAUCAAUAUUUAUCAUCUUUUAAGGACAAACGAUGUUUUGCUGAACAAAUAUAACUAUUUUCACAUAAAUUUAAUAAAUUAUAUUGAACGAUUUCCUCUGGGUAAGAUUACUAACAACAUUUGUGUAGGCCGUUCGCUUGAAUGAGUACAAUGCAAUUCUGCAUUUUAAAUAUAUUCAGAUAAAUUAAUGAAGCACUUUGCAUCCAGAUGAUGGACACACAGCAGAAGAAAAUUUAUUAGAAAUAAAUUAUAGAAAGGAAAGCAGCAAACAUAAUAUAUUUUGGCGAGAGAAGAAAAAUUAUUAUUCAGUGAGUUAAGCAACUGUUAUUGUUUGCUCUGAAAAGAUGGCAAAAAGCUUGUCAAAGUCUUCAUCUGAGUGUGAUAUCUGUAAAAAGUCAUUCAGUUCAAGAGGUAAUCUAACAACACAUAUGCGUAUUCAUACAGGAGAGAAACCAUAUCACUGUGAUAUCUGUGGUAAAAGGUUCUCUAGAAAAGAUGAAUUAACUAUUCAUAGACGUGUUCAUACAGGAGAGAAACCAUAUCAGUGUGAUAUCUGUGGCCAAUCAUUCACUCGUAAAGAUAUUUUAACUACACAUAAACGUAUUCACACAGGAGAGAAACCUUAUCAGUGUGAUAUGUGUAGUAAAUCAUUCUCUACGAUUACUAACUUAACUGAUCAUAAACGCAUUCAUACUGGAGAAAGACCAUAUCAUUGUAAUUUCUGUGGUAAAUCAUUCAAUCAAAAUAAUCAGCUAACUAAACACAAACGUAUUCAUACAGGGGAAAAGCCAUAUCACUGUGAUAUCUGUGACAAAUCAUUCUCUCGAAAUGAUGAGUUAACUACACACAAGCUCAGUCAUACAGGAGAGAAACCUUAUAGGUGUGAUAUCUGUGGUAAAUCAUACUUUGUAAAUAAUGCUUUGACUGUACACAAACGUAUUCAUACUGGAGAAAAACGAUUUAUUUGUGAUAUUUGUGGUAAAGCAUUUGUUGGAAGUAAUGAUUUAAAGGGACAUAAACGAAUUCAUACAGGAGAAAAACCAUAUCACUGUGAUAUCUGUGGUAAAUCAUUCCCUCGAAGUCAUAGUUUGCGUAGUCACAUACGUAUUCAUACUGGAGAAAAACCAUAUCAUUGUGAUAUCUGCGGUAAAUCAUUCACUCAAAGUACUGCUGUAACUGUACACAAACGUAUUCAUACUGGAGAAAAACCAUAUCAUUGUGAUUUCUGUGGUAAGUCGUUCAAUCAAAAUAACCAGUUAAUUAAGCACAAACGUAUUCACACAGGAGAAAAGCCCUAUCACUGUGAUAUCUGUGAGAAAUCAUUUGCUCGAAAUGACGAACUAACUACACACAAACACAUUCAUACAGGAGAGAAACCUUAUAGGUGUGAUAUCUGUGGUAAAUCAUUCCCUCAGAAUAGUGCCUUGACAGGACACAAACGUAUUCAUACAGGAGAAAAACCAUUCCCUUGUGAUAUCUGUGGUAAAGCAUUUGUUCAAAGUAGUGAUUUAAAAGGACACAAACGAAUUCAUACAGGAGAAAAACCAUAUCAUUGCGAUAUCUGUGGUAAAGCAUUUUCUCAAAGUCCUGCUGUAACUGUACACAAACGCAUUCAUACAAGAGAAAAGCCAUAUCACUGUGAUAUCUGUGGUAAAUCAUUCCCUCGAAGUAAUUCUUUGACUGAUCAUAAACGUAUUCACACAGGAGAAAAACCAUAUCAUUGUGAUAUUUGUGGUAAAUCAUUUAUUCGGAGUAACGAUUUAAAGGGACAUAAACGUAUUCACACUGGUGAAAAACCGUAUCAUUGCGAUAUCUGUGGUAAAUCAUUCUCUCAACGUACUGCUGUGAUUGUACAUAAACGUGUUCAUACCAGAGAGAAGCCAUAUCAUUGUGAUAUCUGUGGUAAAUCAUUCUCUUACAGUAACCUAUUAACUAAGCACAAAUGUAUUCAUAUGGGGGAAAAGUUAUAUCCAUGUAAUAUCUGUGGUAAUUCAUUCUCUCAACAGGAUGAUUUAGCUAAACAUGUCUGUAUUCUUUCAUGAGAGAAAGACUGAAAAAUCUCUUAAAUGUCUGUAUUCAUACCCAUGUAGGAAACUAAAUAAGAAGGAACAAACAAAUCAUAACAUAUAGUAUUUCAUCAUACUAAAAUAGUAUAGAAGUGUGUCAUGUACUUCUGGUUUGUGGGUACACUUUUUCUGUAAGUUAUGUAUAUUC